ACUUACAGUACUCGUUUCAUCAUUGGUAGAAACAGCUGUCCUUUUCUUGGUCCUUUUUUUCAUUUGAACAGAAGAAUAAUUAUUUGCAUCUUUAUUCGUGCGUAUCUAAACAGAACAUAUGAUCCUCGUUGGUAGUCGUAAUGUAGUAAAAAGCUACCAAAAUGUCAAGAAGGCAUUAUCAUGUAUUUUCGAUCCAGUAUCUUACGGUCUAAACUAAAAAUUGUACCUUAUUAAAAACACUUCUUAAAAAAGCAUGGAACUAGCUCGAAAUCUUGUUACUUGCAAAUUAAAAUGCUAUCUUCUUAAAGCGCCGAAAAAAUAUUGUUUGCAUCAUGUAAGACAUAUCAGAUUGGCAGAAGUGGGAAAAUUAGAAACACCAAAAUUACAAGGAAAGUAUGAAACUGGUCAAUUAAUUCUGCAUAGAGUAUUUGGUUACCGAGGUGUAAUAUUGUUUCCUUGGACAGCAAGAGUUUAUGACAGAGAUAUUCCAAAUAAAAGAGAAGGAAAUACAAAUAAUCACUAUAAUAGUGUGGGAAAAGAAGUAAAGGGUAGAACUCAUACCUUUUAUCAGGUACUAAUUGACCAAAGAGAUUAUCCUUUUAUACGUGCUCAGACAGAAGCUGUAACAUUUUUGAGUAAUCAUGAAAGUAGUCAUAGCUUAUAUACAGUCCCAGGAUUAGAUUAUGUUGCUCAUGAAGAUGUUUUGCCUUAUACUACAAAUGAAAAAACUGCAUUGCAACAUGAACUAUUUGACAAGUUCCUAGCAUAUAAUUCAAAUCGGGAUCCAUGUUUUGUUGCACAAGAAACCCUAAGAGCAUGGCAGAAAAAGAAUCAUCCAUGGUUGGAGUUAUCAGAUGUACAUAAAGAAACUACUGAAAAUGUUCGUGUUACUGUAAUUCCGUUUUAUAUGGGUUAUAGAGGAAAUCAAGCUACAGCUGCACACUGGUGGCGCUACUGUAUUCGAUUGGAAAAUUUGGGUGAUAUGAGUGUGCAAUUACGUGAAAGACACUGGAGAAUAUUUAGUCUUUCUGGCACAUUGGAAACUGUACGAGGACGAGGUGUUGUUGGUCAGGAACCUGUCUUAUCAAAAAUUUUACCUGCUUUUCAAUAUAGUAGUCAUGUGAGUUUGCAAGCUGCAAGUGGUCAUAUGUGGGGUACAUUCAGAAUGGAAAGGGAAGAUGGAUAUGCAUUUGAUUGUAGGAUUCCACCAUUUUCUUUGGAAUCUAAAAUAGAGAAACCACCUACAGAUAUGAAUAUCAAUUCUUAAACAAACUAUGUAAUGCCGUGUGGAAAGUGAUGGAAAAUAAAUAAUACUAAAAAUUGAUGAACAAUAUAAACUUGCUAAAACAUGUGAUCUUUACUUAUAUAAUAAUACUUACAUCGAUUGUAAUAUUUGAUUAUAAAUAUUAUGAGUAGAAUUUAAGCCGUGUAGUUUUUGGUAUAUAGUAAAUUUAUAACAAAUAUUUUAUCAUGUUAUUUUAAAUAUAAUAAGAUCUGUUACAAAUAGAUAUAUGAAUAAAAUAUAAUUGUAUAAA